AUGCAAUUUAAUCGGAGUAUUAUUAUUAUUUCAUCAACACGUUAUGAACUUGCAAGAUUUGAACCCCAACAAUGGAACAAAUUAAAUGAAAAUUUGAAAAAAAUUUCUCAAGAUCCAAAAAAUAUUAUAGCCGCAAAUAAUUUAUAUGAUGUCGAAUAUAUUCGUUAUUUCACUGGUAUAAAUGUUACACUUUUACCCAGCUUUUGUAAUUAUACAAAUAGUGAUUACAAUCCGACACGAGAAGAAUUUUUACUUGCUCCUAUUCAUGCACCGUAUUUUGAUGCAUUAUUUAAAAAAAUACUUAAGAGCUCUUUAGAUCAAUAUGAAAAACAUAAAAUUAAAAUUGUACCGAUUAGAAGUAUUUAUCGUAAUUAUAAAUAUUCUGAUCUGACUAAUCAUCCAGCCAUUAUUCAUAUACCUUAUCAAGUUUCAAUAAUGAGUUUAUUCGAACAAUAUCGAAUGAAUAUUCCACUUCUAUUUCCAUCACUUGAUCUUUUGACUAAAUGGCAUUAUGAAUAUGGUGUUGUCAAUGAAAAAACUUGGGAUCAAAUUUCAUAUGGAGUAAGACCGAAGAGUUCUCGUAUUAAAGGUGUUUUAACGAAUGUACCUGAUCCAAAUAAUGAUUUGGAUCGUACAGCUAUUCGAUAUUGGUUGAAUUUCUCAGAUUUUUAUCAAUGGCCACAUAUUAUAUAUUACGAAUCGAUUGAAGAUCUUAUUGAAAAAUUGACUUCGACAGAUUUUCGAAUGAUUAGUAAAAAAAUGAAGAAAUAUAACAAACAAGUUGAAACGAAUGUAUUCGAAAAAUGGAAACAUAUAUUGAAUAAUGUAAAGCGAUAUUCAAGAAAAUUUCAUCAAUUUAACUUUUGA